UGUGUGUAGCUCAUCAAGCGUCCGACUUGUUAUUCUCCCGCUAUAUCGCAGCGGCUUUAAAAAUGACGCUUGGUACUGAAAAGCGUUAUUUUCUUGCCAUUUUCCUGGUAUUUUAUGCUUUUAUUGUCGCCUCCGUAGCUGAUGGGAUUCCGGAGGAAUGCCCCUUUACGUCACUAUCCUGUGGUUUCUCUGUCUUGGACAAUGGUGACACCAUCCAACUGGUUCCGAAGAGAGUAUCCGAUGAAGACAUUCGGUUGCCACCUGAGUUCGAUCGGGUUCUCACUCACAAACUGAUUUGUAAACAGCCAGAUUGCCUGUCAUCACCUUGUCUGAAUGGAGGUAGCUGUGUGGAGACACUUGAUGGAUUUGAGUGCAGCUGCCGGUCGGGAUAUUAUGGACCGGUUUGUGCCUGGACUUGUCCAGAUUCUUGGAUCUAUUUUCGAGGGAGCUGUUACGGCUACUUCUCUGAGACGGCUAUAUUCGAGACGGCCCUAUCGAAUUGUCGUGGCGUUAAAAUAUCCGGAACACGAGCAAACAUACUGUCCAUUCACAGCCGGGAAGAAUUGAAUUUUAUUUGGAACAUGGAAGGGAUAAACCCUUCCGUGUGGUUAGGACGCCGUCAACCGGGCGGAGGAUCUUUCGUAACGUGGACGGAUGGCUCACCAGUGGACUUCACCAAUUGGGCUCCAGGCCAACCCGAUACUGACAAACAAUGUGUCGGCAUGGACAUGGAUGACGGCAAAUGGCUUACUAGGAAGUGCAGUGCCUAUGCGAGAAGUUAUUUCUGCAAGAUCGAUAUCACCCUGUAAUCGAUUAAUGACAUAUUUUGACAUAGUCAAAUCAAAUCAGUUCGACGUAAAAUGUUAUAAUAAACAAAUAUAUCAGGCUUUGAGAAAGUAUAGUGGAAUUAUUUAUCCGAGGCUGGUCUGGCAAUUACUAUUUUUCCCGAGGGGCAAAGCCCCGAGGGAAAUAUAGUAGUUUUGCCAGUCCAACCGAGGAUUAAUAAUUCCCACUAUGCUUUCGAAUGAAACGCCUGAUAUAUUUGUUUUAUAUCCUACUUUUAAUAAUUUAUAACCAAAAUAUAUGCGCUGAGCUUGCAAAUUCCGGUUACUUGCGUUGAAUUACCUACUUUUCUCCGAGCCACCGCGCUCAGCGGAACGCAGAUUAGUGCCUGCGCCGACGCAUCGCUGGACUUGCCCGGGAGAGAGAGCGCGCUAUACGCUAGCCAGUGCGCACUAUCUAUAUUUUAUGUUACUCGAAAAAAAAACCGUGUUAUAUAUUAACCAAAACAAGUUGAUGUAGAAGAAAUUCUCUGAGAGCUUCAAAGAAUAACGAAAAAACAAGGUUUGAAGUUUGGGCACACUGAAACAUAACUUUCAGUCAAACUUACAAGCAGUAAAAAAUUGCGCACAGAAAACUCUGGAUCUUAUCUUUUAUUUAACAUUCCAACCUCGCAUUUUGACAGUAUGAAGAAGAAGAAUUGCUCUUUCAGAUAAACUAAAUUUGCAUUUAUUUACGUUUGAAGACGAAGUUAUUACCGAGAACUUUCUUUGGCGACUUAAUUAUCGUUGGUUUUAGGGUGACUGGUCACAUAGAACAAGUAGUAGUAGCUUUAGCGCAUAGUCCCUAGUUUUCCGCUUUCUAAAAUGCAAAUUCAGUGUCCUUCGGCUUUCUUGACAUCAAAUAGUCCAUGUUCUUCGAUUUCUAACAAUCAUAUCCCGUGUUCUCCUGCGUUCCAACGCUAGUAUUGUUCUUAUGGGCAGCAUUAAUGAGACAUUUUUUCGCAAUCGCGGCAGACGCUUUCUAUAACACAGGGUAUCUUUUGUCAAAAGCCCUUCAUAACAAAGCAGUCUUUGUCGAAAAUCGGUGAAUCAAAACAGCAGUGUUGUCCUAGAGACCGUUUCAUGAAAGUUGUCAGCAAUGACAAGUUGUCUUUCUCCGACAGUUACCAUAGUAACAGUCUUAGGCCAGUGCCACUCAGCCAAUCAAAACCAAAUAUUUUAUUGAAAUUGUCAGCACUGACAAUUUAGUCAGUGCUUACAGCUGUCAUUAAAUGCCUACCUGGGGGCCGUUUCAAAAGGCUGUUCCUAAGUUAAGAGUGAUUUUGAGAACGCCUGCAUGGUGAACCUUUCGUACGCGUGCAACCAUCGCCAAUGAACAUUUUGGUCUAUACCACUUACCACAAGAAAGGAUCACAAGUAGUUCUUAAAGUCACUCUAAACUUACGAACAGCUUUAUGAAACGAUCUCCUGGAAAAACGACAAGGGCCUAUUUGAAUUGUUUUCGUCCGGUCCGAAUCUAAGACGAUGUGCUGUUGCGGUUCAUCAAUUCUUCGACAAUGACUUCUAAUCUGUCCAUUGUGACUUGAGGGGCUUUUUCAAUAGAUUUAACGUUCCAGAAAGCGUCCGCGAAGUGGAUGCGAGAAUACGCUAUUACUUGUAAUCCGCCGAAAUAAUGCAAACAUAAUUUUUGUAAGCAAUUAUUACAAUUAAAUAAAGUUGCAAAUAUAUAUAUGUAGUGAAAAUCAUUGUCAUUAUCAAUAAAAUUUAAUAUAACUUAAUUGAACAAACAGAUUCAGGUACGCAUGAUGAAGAUUUGCAGUGGUAAUUACACAUUUAAAGUGACACGCAAUGAACGGAGGAUAGAAAAAAGGGAAAGAUGGCGAAGAGAGAGAGAAAGAAUAAAGACUAGGGAGAAAGAGAGUGAAAAGAAGAAGAGAAAAGAGACUUCAAGAAAGAUGAGUUGUUUGAAGGUUGUUUCUGCCCUUUAGCGCUAUUUAGAGUUUUAACAUGCAUCAAUUAUUUUCAAACAACUUAAUAAUUUAUUGAAACUCAAUAUUUCAGGAAUAUGCAAAUAAAUACCUGUCCGUUCUUAAAAAAAAAAAAAAAAAGAACUAUUUUUAGGCCAAAGAAUGGUUACCAUUUUGUCAUAUAUAUCUCUAGAUAUACAGUUUAUAAAUUCUGGGCUGACAUCAAAUAUUUUGCUAACUUCAUUUUUCAGUUCCACUCAAUGCUCCGCAGCAUAUAUUCAAUUAAAAAAAUCAGAGUAAACUUCACUGUAACCUGGGUCCCGUAACCAUGGUAACACGAAGGUUGGUGAUUAAUCGUAUGCUUGAUUUUCAUGAUUGAUUGUACAUUGUAGACAAUGCAAUCAAUUGUAGAGAUAUUCUUUAACAAUGAUUGCUAAGCUUUUUGUUAUGGGCCCAAGGAGGUCUUUACUCAUUUCACAAAAUAACGUUUGUGAUGUUUGUGAGGCUUGCAUGAGAAAUUCAAUUUUUGGGGGGCAUACAUUUGACUUUUACGGCCUGCCCUCUUAUGAACAUGUUUGUAAAUCUGUCAUCUUUUUUUAAAUCACGGUGAGCUGAAAAAUGUCUUUUUACUGAUUUUGUACUUUUUAUUAUGUUUUAUUGAAGAAAUUGGUGGAAUACUGACUAUUAUGGUACGUUUUGUGUAUCUUUUCAGGGUAAAUAUAAAAUUGUCCGUAUUUAAAUACAGGAUCGUAUGAAGACAUCGAAAUACACAGAAUGUAAUUUAUGUAUACACCAGGCAGAAAAUUAAUUCAUAUUUUCCAACAAAAUGUUAUGUAUGUAUAUUAAGAUAAACAGGUGUGACCACCAUUUUCUGUAUUCUUCAACAAUAACUCUUUUAUAGUUCUACUGGACUCCUAACCUAACUGAUCCUCUUUCGUAAACAUAUUUUUUAUUGUUCAAAUUAGAGGAUACAUGGGCAAUGUCUGUAUCUCUUGGUCAGUCUAAUGGCGGUUUCGAGGGAAGGGGUAAAUAUCAAAUGGUCAUUUUAGGUCUCAUCACACCUUAUUGAUUGACACCUCUCGUAUUUGACUGAUUUGUUUAAAAAAAGAAUUACAGCUCCUUCAAUCAGCCCCUUUUGAUAAAAGCAAGAAAGUGCAAAUACAAAUAAUGAUUAGAAUAAUACUUCACUAUUAAAGGCAAGCUUUUUCCCCAAUGUUUGUUCUAAACAUCAAUUUCUCAAUAAUUGUUGGACUCCUGUUCACAUGAUUCUAGAUGUGUUAUUCCUAUGACAGCCUGUAACAAGCAAUUAUUUUUGUCAAUUUUCUUCAUUAAUAUCUAUAUCUGUCUAUGGUUGGUACACCCUAAAUUUGUCUGAUGUUCCAUGCCACACACGUGGCUUGCCAUAAUUAAGUGUGAAUUUGUUCCUUUCAACCCCCCCCCUCCCCUUCUCUCUUAUCCGCCUAUAUUUUACCUGUCUGCAGUGUGAUAUAUUAACAUGCAUUUUAAUGGACCACUUUAUUUAAGGCCUCUUCUGUAAAUCUUAACAUGCGAUUAUCUCUGAUAUAAUCAGAACCAUUCAUUUAGAUGAUAUGUUGGGCAAACCUCUGGCAAACAUUAGGGUCGUGAUUUGAAUUCAAUGUAGUAGAAGCUUGCCAGGGCUCUUAUCAAAUGUGGAGUAUUUCAUGAAGCAAGUUGUCAUUGAUUUUCUUUGACUGAUUUGCUCUUAGCCAAUCAGGUGCAAGCGUUUCAGUAGCUUAUAACAGUUUUUAGUGGAAAUAAUGACCAUUUGUUUCAUGAAAUACUCCCCUGAUAAUGUAGGGGAGAAAGAGCUUUUGUAUAUUAUGUGAAUCAGUUGACAAUCUGCGAAACUGUAACUCGCUGUUUGCUGCCCUCUAUUGGCUUCUUAUGGUGUAAUUAAGUAUGUAGCAGCACUACGGCAAGAUUUCUUUGUAAAGUUGCAUUACUGUAUAGAUGGUAUUUAAAGUCAUUUGUACGUUAUCUCAACAA